AUGGGUUCGUGCGAGGAGCUGGAGAUCAGCUUGGGGAAGAGUCUGGAGAAAAGCCUGGAGAACCCACGUAGCUCCAGUUACGCAUCUUCCGACAAACACGCCGAACGAGACAAUGAGUCUCGAAAAGACAAGAGAGAGCAGAGGAUCAAAAAGCUUCGAGUGACGGAGAAGAGCGACACAAACAUUCGCAGCUACAACGUUCGUGAUUUCAGCGAGCCACCUUCUGCGGACUCCGGCAACCGCAACUAUGAUGGAGGAUGCUCUACGGAUGAGAGCGGUAUGAAACCCACAGACGUUGAGAAGGAAGAAGGGUGCAUGGAUGUCAAGAAAGACAGGUCUAGGGGCGUGGUCAGUGAUGAAUCGCCAAAGGUUGAGACUCGGAACCUGAAGAGAGCGAGAAGCCAACAGCAGGAUCAUACCAGCAAGAAGCACUGGAGUCAUAGGAAGGAGAGUCGAAACACGGAGGAGUCAAAGAACGAGCACCGGUCGGAACAGCGCGAGGUUGAUGACGAGAAGAAGCGCCGCAGAGGCGAUGCCGACGAGCUGGAUAGCAACCGGGAGGAGUCAACAAACGGACGCAAGAGAACCAAAAGAGAAGACAAGGCGGAAGUGCCUCCUGACACCGACAACAUCACCCAGAUCAUGAAGUUCAUUAGACGGAUGGCUCUCCUGUCCGACGAGCGUUUGAUGCAGAAUCUCCAACAUGGCUUUCCCCUGCAUGCUCAGGACACGAUUCUGGCAUUUUUUCGUAUCAUCGAAUGGUUCCAGGGCACUGAGAGUGACUUGGAGGACCUUUGA